AUGAGUAGUGAUGGUGAGGAUGAUGAUGUUGAGAUGCUAGAUUCUGUGAAUGAGGAUCCAACUGUUGGUUGUGCACCUGCCUGUCCUGCACCAGUUUCACGUGGAAAGAAAAAUAAACUUAGAUCCCAAGUUUGGGAAUUUUUUAAACUUGUUAAAUAUAAAGAUGGAACAAAGAAGGGAGUGUGCAAGGCUUGUAAUGUAGGAUAUAAAUAUGAAAGCCAAAAAGGUGGAACCUCAGCCAUGAAAAGGCAUAAGUGCCCUAACCGUCAGUCUAUGGACGUAGGGAAAAUGAUAUUAUCUGCAAACAAUGGCCAGUUGUCUACCCGCGUACGCAAAGUUGAUCAGAUGAAAUUACGAGAUCUGUUUUCAGCAUUACUCAUUGCAAGAAAUGUUCCAUUUGCUUUGGUGGAGUGGAAAGAAUUUAGGGAUAUAUGUACUUAUUUAAAUGAGGAUGCUAAACUAAUAUCAAGGAAUACUGGGAAAUCCGAUGUAGUAAAGAAACAUAAAGCACAAAAAGAAAUUAUUCGCAACAGAUUGAAACUUGCUCCAGGUAGGAUAUGUCUAACAUCAGACAUGUGGACUUCUGUAACAACUACUGGAUAUAUAAGCUUAACUGCGCACUAUCUUGAUCAAGAUUGGGUGUUGCAAAAGAAGCUUCUGAAUUUAUGUCCUCUUCCACCACCUCAUACAGGUGAACACCUUUCUACUAAGUUAUUUGCUAUGAUAGAAGACUGGGGAAUUGAAGACAAGAGUAGACUUGUUGCAAAGAAGAUCUUUUUGAACGAUGGAAAAUUCUUUCAUGUGCGUUAUUGUGCUCAUAUCUUAGCUCUUAUUGUAAAAGAAGGACUUAAGAAGAUUGAUCCAGCCGUGAUUAAGAUAAGAGCGUCAGUGAAGUCCCUUAAAAAGUCCCAAGUAAGAAAACAAAAGUUCUUGGACAUUGUUAAUACUUUAGGAAUGUCUGGAAUAAAAAGGGGUAUUCGUCAAGACGUAAAGACAAGGUGGAAUUCAACUUAUCUUAUGUUAGAUAGUUGUAUCCUGUAUAAGCCAGUUUUCUCUCAUUCGAAGUUGGUAGAUUCAGACUAUGAAGACUGUCCAACUGAUGAAGAAUGGGAACAAAUUGAAGUAGUCACAAAGUUUCUCAAGGUGUUUCAUGAUCUCACAAAGAUAUUUUCUGGUAGUAAGUAUCCUACUUCCAAUCUGUAUUUUGAAAGAAUUUGUCAAGUUCAGGUGUUACUAAAGAAAGAAAGUAGAAAUGAUAUUGAAUUCAUUAGGAACAUGGUAAAAGAGAUGCAAGCAAAAUUUGAUAGUUAUUGGAAGGAGUUGAGUCCUAUAUUGGCUAUGGCAGUUGUGUUAGAUCCUAGAUCGAAAAUGAAUUUUGUGAAAUUUACUUACUCCAAGUUGUAUCCUGAGGUGAGAGAAUUAGAACGUGAAGUUAAUGAAGUGCGCAGUAAUAUGACAACACUUUUUAAUGAGUAUUACACCUUGUCAAGUUCAAGAGCUUCCAAUAGUUGUGCAACUCAGAAUUUGGGUAUUAAAAAUGGUGGGAAUUCUGCUGCCGAAGAAGGGAGUGAUUUUUUUCAGGAACAUGUUGCAACACAGGAAAGUGGUGGUGAUGUACUAAUUGACUUGUCAGAGUUAGAUGAAUAUCUUGGCGAGUCGUACAGGGGUUGUCUAAAUUCACCACUCGACAUCCUAAAUUAUUGGAAGAACCAUGAACAACGAUUUCCGGAAAAGAAGAUAUGGAUGAGAACAAUGGGAUUAUUGAAGAAGAUGUAUUAG